AGCGGCGAGGUGAAGGUGCGGCGUGUUGCCGCGCACGUGAAGCGGGAGGAGGCGGCCUCCGCAACGCAGCAGCUGCAGGACACGCUGCAGAAGACGUCCGAGCUGCGGCAGCCGGAGGGGCGCGACAAGAAGACGCUGCGGCGCCUGAAGAAGAGGCUCAACGCCCAGCGGCAGCUCGGCGCGAAGCAGGCGCGCGAGGCGGAGGCGCAGCGGCAUGUCCUGCGCCGCAACGACACGGCGUUCCUCAAGGAGCUGCAGCAGUUCCUGGGGGAGGACGGCGGCAGCGUGAAGGAACUCCUGCGCGACGACACCCGGAAGGCGAAGGGGAACGGCUCGCAUCAAAGCACGGGGAAAGCGACGAGUGCGCGUGGGCGAAAAGGCGCCAGACAAGAUGUUGCAGCA